AUGGUUGACAUGACAAAACUAAUAAAUAGGUGUGGCUGGUUUUAAUCGAGCUUUUUUCUAAAAUCUCUGUUUUGUAUUAUAAGGUUUACGUUAUUUCUUGACGGCGAAAUGAGAGAUGCAGCAAAGAAGGGAGUUGAAGUGAAAUGUAGAAAGGAUCUUCGCAGUGAAAUUAGUGUGGUUUUAUAAUGGAAAGCUUUUCGGCCUAAGAUCAAACGAGCAUAGGCUCAUCAGAGUUUCAAAUAUUGCAGUAAAAGAUAACUUUAUAAUUUUUGAUGAAAGUGUGUCAAAGACGUUUCAUGGGGGGCUAAAGGAUUAAAAAAAGAGUAGAAGGCUUAUUGAGCACAAAUGCCAUGAAAUAGGCGAGGAGCAUAGUCAUUGUUUAGUGAAGUUUUAUAGUUUGUAUUUGGAAAAAAUAGCUGUGUGCAUUGAGGCGAAUCCUAAUGCUUUUUAUUUCAAGGCGCACCGAAGCGGUUGUUUUGCGUACGAAAAGAGUGCUAUCGGUAUAAAUACACUUGCUAAAAUAUUACCGGAUAAGUUGUGUGUGAAGGCAGGUAUUGAGAGAAAAACUUCACACUGCUUGCGUAUAACAUGUGCUACUCGUCUGUUUCAACGUAGUGUAGAAGAAAAACAAAUCAGGGAACGAACUGGUCACAGAUCAGAUUCUCUGUUUCGGUACGAAAAGCCAAGCGAUGAACAAGUUAGUUUUGUAAGUAAUGUGCUUGCACCUCCAAUGAAGGAAAGAGGUAGUAGUGUAAGUGAUGGGUCUAUAUUUGAUGAGUUUGGGGAUUUUGAUGUUUCCGAUGAAACGUUAGCAAUGCUUGACAUUACAGAUUUUAGUGUGCAUUCCGAUACAAAUGCCGUGAAAAAUACGGAUUCUUCACCAAGUACAUCGAGUUAUACAAUAGCACCAGUGUUUAAUAACUGCGUGUUUAAUUCUUGCGAUAACUUUUGAACUGGAAAAUAAAUUGGUGCUUGUUAAAUAAUUUGGUGCUUAUUAAAUAAUUUUGGUAUUGGAAUAAAUAAAUGUGAUUUUGUUGUUAUAAUGCAUCUCUUAAUGUUGGAUAAUGACCGAUGAGAUUUUAAUAAAUAUGCAAAUUAGUUACAAACACUCGUGGUUGUAACAGAAAAGAUACAACCACGAGUGUUUGUAACUAAUUUGCAUAUUUGUUAAAAUCUCAUUUGUAUGGCGUAUACAGGGGUGUGCAUGUGACUUAAUCCGUGAAAAUUGAUUGGCUAUCAGCCUCAUUAAUUAUUCAUGAAUUUCACAAAUAUAAUUAAACAAUGUUGUUUAUAGUUUAGCUUUUUAACUCUGUUUGACCCAGUUAAUUGUUAAUUUGUAAGGGACCGGUCACCGGUCAUUAUUUAUGGAAGGGGGCUCAAAGAAAAAUAUUCUAAUAUGCAGGGGGGUCACCAUUAAAUUUCUGCUCUUUUAAGGGGGGGCUUUCAAUUUUAAAAAUUUGGGAAAGAAAAAAUUCCCCUCACCCCUUCCAUCAAUAUUGACCGGUCCCUGGACAGUUUUGCAAAUUUGCAAAAGAACUUUGGAGGCAUGUUAUGUCAACAACUGUGACAACACUUUAAUUUGCACUGUCAUUGCAUUUUCUGGUUAUUUAAUAUUAGAAAAAAAAACUUUAUCUAACUGUAACAUGAAUUCUUAAUUAAUAAAGGACCCUCAAGGCAGACUCUUCCUGGACCAUCAAGACAAACUUCAUCAGGAACAUCAGUACAGCAAGCUGUUACAAGCUGUCCAUCAACACAUUCAAAUGUGCCAUCAACAUCUACUCAUUCAAAAAUCCUGAAACCAAAUAUAACCCAAAUGAGGCAGGCACAAGAACAUAGGCGUCUGUUUUCAUUUGGUGGCAGAAAUGUGAAAUGUACUAAUGGAAAGUCAAAUAAGGGAAAAGAACGAAAGCCAACAUGUACUUUAAAGUUUGUUGCUUUGUCAGAAUUGGCCACCUCAAAACCACCCAGCAAAAUAUGUGACAAAACUGCCUUAUUAAAUGCUGGCCUUGGUGAAGCAUCUAUCCAAUUUUUUCUGGAUAUGAGCCGCUUGGAAUGCCAUGACAAGAUUUUGGAAAGAUUUCCUAAGUUGAAAGAAACUGGAUAUGAAAUACUGCUUUUUCAAAGGGGAGAUGAUUCUGGUUUUGUUAAUAUUGGUGGUCCACAAACUGCAAGGUGGUUGAAAGAUGCAGCUGGUUCUGCCAAAAUAUAUCCCCGCCCUUUACAAAAAGAUGUUGACAUGGGACAUGGGUUUGAUUGA